AUGAAAAGAAUUUGGUUCAUCACCGGCUCCUCCCGUGGCCUCGGGCUUGCGGUCACUGAGGCUGCCCUCAACAAUGGUGAUUCUGUCAUAGCUACAGCUCGCAAGCCAGAGCAGCUCGCCGGGCUCGUUCAAAAAUAUGGCCCUGAUCGGAUUCUCCCCCUUGCCCUUGAUGUUACCGACAAUGAUCAAGUGAUCCAAGCUGUGAAGACUGGUCAUGAGAAAUUCCGCCGAAUUGACGUUGUCGUUAAUAAUGCCGGUUACGCAAACACCGCUUCAGUCGAGGACAUCGAGAUUGAAGACUUCCGCGCUCAACUUGACGCCAAUCUGUUGGGCGUGGUCUAUGUCACCAAGGCAGUCAUACCCAUUCUUCGAGAGCAAAGAUCCGGCCAUAUCUUCCAGGUCUCUUCACUCGGUGGACGGUUAGGGGCACCGGGUCUUUCUGCUUAUCAAUCUGCGAAAUGGGCUGUGGGUGGAUUCUCGACAGUACUUGCCAUGGAAGUGGCUCCAUUUGGUGUCAAGGUUACCGUUCUUGAGCCUGGUGGCAUGAAGACUGAUUGGGCCGGAUCAUCUAUGAAGAUUCACCCUGUGAGCGAACCCUACAAGAGCUCCGUCGGGGCUUUCAUCGAAGCCCAUCGCAACUCGCCUGGCACCGAACCAUCCAUCCCGAGCAAGGUUGCGAAAAUUGUGCUCAAGCUGUUGCAAGAAGCUGAACCGCCUCUGCGCUUGCUUAUAGGGCCUGAUGCGGUCAGAUAUGGAGGAAAUGCUGCAGAAAAGUUGUCUGCUUCAGACGAGAAGUGGCGCGACCUAAGCCUCUCUUCGGCAUAG